CUAUAAAGUGAAUCUCUGUCUUGUGGAUUAUUAUUAAUUUAUCUUCUGUGUACGGACUUAUUGUGAUUUUUUUACAUUGCUCACUACGCUUGAAGGAUCAACAGACACUACGACGAUGACGGUCAUGGUCGAGUCCACGAAAGUCGAGGAGGGCAACGGUCCUCCGAAGAUCGAGACCUUCGACGAUAUCCUACCGUACGUCGGCGAGGCGAGCAGAUACCAGUGGUUCCUGUUUAUCCUGCUCCUACCAUUCACCUUCGUGUACGCCUUUUUAUACUUCGCGCAAUUCUUCCUCACUCUGGUGCCUGCCGAGCAUUGGUGCACGAUACCGGAGUUGGAUCAUUACAAUUUCACGGAUCUUGAGAAGAUCACGAUAGGGAUACCCCCAGCUACCAGUGAGGAAUUGAAGCUGGAGAGCGCCACGUCGUUCUCGAGAUGCUACAUGUACGACGUAAAUUACACAGAGCUGCUCGAGCAAGGUGUCAGACAAGCCAAUCUGUCGUGGCCGAUAGUCCGGUGCAAGCAAGGAUGGACUUUCAACCACACGAUGAUACCGUACGCCUCGAUCGCCACCGAGCUCGAAUGGGUUUGCGACAAGACUUUCCUCGGUUCCGCGGCUCAGUCAGCCUUUUUCGUUGGCAGCAUUAUCGGUGGCCUGAUAUUCGGCUACAUAGCUGAUCACUACGGCAGAAUCCCAGCGUUAGUAUCUUGUAACGCGGUAGGUUUCUUCGCUUCCAUCGCGACGGCCUUCUGCAAUAGUUUCUGGUCCUUCUGCGUUGCAAGGCUGAUUGUCGGCUCAUCGUUCGACAAUUGCUUCAACGUACUCUUCAUUAUCGUGAUUGAAUAUGUCGGUCCGAAGUAUCGAACUCUGGUGGCAAACAUGUCCUUUGGGAUUUACUUUGCGGCCGCCGCUGGUCUCUUGCCAUGGAUCGCAUUUUGGAUCGCAGAUUGGAGAAUUUUAAGCGUCGUUACCGCAUUCCCGAUGAUUGUCGCUUUCCUCGGCCCGUGGCUUGUCCCAGAAAGUGCACGAUGGUACAUCAUGAGCGGUAACAUUGACAAGGCGAUCGGCAUGUUAAAGAAAUUUGCGAAGGUCAACGGCAGGGAAGUCAAACAGGAGGUGUUCGAGGAAUUCGAAAAGAGCUGCAAGAAUAUAAUCGAGAAGGAUCAAUCGCAUAAUCAGUACACGGUCCUGCACCUCUUCAAGUUGCCCCGACUAGCUCGCAUCACUGUCAUGCUUGUUAUUUACUGGCUGUUGAUCAUCUUGGUAUUCGACGGACAUGUUUGGAACAUGAAGCUAUUGCAUCCCGAUGUGUUCAUGUCAUUCUCCAUAGCCGCGAUGACCGAGCUUCCGGCGGCGAUUCUGCUGGCACUUUUCCUUGAUAGAUGGGGCAGACGAUGGAUGGGUUUCGCUUCUAUGUUUAUAUGCGGUAUAUUCUCUUUGAUCGCUGUUGGCACUCCCGAUGGUACACUAACCGUCACCAUGGCGAUUUUGGCGCGCCUCGGUGUCAAUAUCGCCGCGAAUAUCGGUUUCCAAUACGCGGCCGAGAUGUUGCCGACCGUAGUGCGGGCGCAAGGUGUGUCUCUAAUUCACAUUAUUGGCUACAUUGCUCACAUCGUCGGGCCUUAUGUGAUUUAUCUGGCUGACGUUAAUCAAUAUUUGCCAUUAAUAGUUCUUGGUCUCCUGUCGUUUUUCGAUGCAUUCUUAACGUUAGCGCUACCUGAAACUUUGGACCAGGAUUUGCCCGAAACUCUGCAGGAGGGUAACGACUUUGGCACGGAUCAAAGCUUUUGGUGGAUUCCCUGCAUAUCCUCAACCCCGAAAUUAAAGAAAUCAUUGAGGAAGAAGAAGACGAAGGAAGGCCUGACGAAUGCGGCUUUCCAUCACGGUAGUAUUCAAACUAUCGACUGUACAAGAUUAUAACGAUCGUCUGCGUGAUAAUUUAACAAAUCUUUUUGUUGUAAA